CCGUGCUGGGUGCGCCGCGGGCCGCUGCGCGACUAGCUGGUUCCCCAGCGCCUGGGAGGCGACCCCCGUGAGCCCCGGGUUCAAAGGCCCCAGCGCUGCAACUCCAGCCCCUCCGGGGGGCGGGGAGGCGAAAGGGGUGGUGCGGGAGCCAGAAAAGCCCUAACCCACAGCCGGCAGCCCUGAGCCGGGAUGGGCAGCGCGCUCUGAAGUUUGUGACGGUCGCAGCCGACUCCUGGCCGCAGCCUGGGAGGCGGCGAGCCAGCGGCCGGCCUCGAAGCAUCUGCAGUUGGAGGGUGAGGCCCGCUGUGCCCGGCCCGAGCGCCCUUUGGCUGCCACAGGCGCCCGUCCUCCCGCGCGGUGCGCCCACGCCCGAUCCGGGUUCAUGGAGCUGGGGCUGUGCUUCCUUUUCGGGCUCGCUGUGACCUCCGCCGCAGGAUGGGUGCCUCACCCCCAGUCUGGGGAUGCUGGCAGGAACAGCAUGCCCCGGGCCCCCUCUGCAGCCAGAUCGGAGGGGGACACCAAGGAGACUGUGGCCACCAUGGCAGCCUGGGGUCCAAGCCCCAGAAGCCCUUGGCGGGAGCAGGGACCAAGUCAGUUUGGGAAGCAGGGGGCCGAGGGGGUCCCUGUGCACCACCGAGCCCGGCGCUGUACAUGUUUUACCUACAAGGACAAAGAGUGCGUCUACUAUUGCCACCUGGACAUCAUCUGGAUCAACACUCCUGAACGGACUGUGCCCUAUGGACUGUCCAGCUACAGAGGCAGCGGAAGCAGGGGCAGGAGGUCGGCUGGGCAGUUCCCACAGAGCCCACAGCCAGUGAAGGGGACACUGCGCUGUGCCUGCACAGAGAGCGAUGAUGACGCCUGCUUGCAGUUCUGCACCUGGUCCCUGGCUGCCCGCGGGAAUUCAAGGUCGGCACAAACACCUGACAAAGAAGUGGAAAAGCACACUGGUGGUGCCCUGGGGGGCGUGCGUCCGAGGAGCUGUGCUCUAGUGGCUACGCUGAGAUUACUGAGCAGCUGAAGAAGACGGUGUUUUUCAACAGCAGGGAUGGGGAGAGGCCGCCCAUCCCCUCCCCCUUCCCCUGCCAAGGUGUUGAAUGGUGGAUGCUGAGGUGUUAGCCUUGACCAAAUGCUAAAUUCUCAAUGAGUAUUAUAAGGUACGAAUGUGAAUAUCCAUCAUAAGGAAAUGGAAAGGACUGAUGUGCCAGCGAGAUGGUAUACAGUUUAGAGAAGCAAUUAUUUAUUGUGAAACUGGUCUCUACAUCAACUCCUUUCAGUGGAUGUGUUUGCAGCAGAAUCUCUGUACAUAGAGAUGUUAAAUUCUGUUCUGAAUCCCAGCUCAUGUUCCUUAGGGCUUGAAUUACAUUUUUUUUUAAAUGCCUAAGCACUGUUUGGCUCUGUGGCAGGAUGGUAUCUCAGAAACGCAUUCAUUGUGCUAACACUCAGAAAAUCCUGUAAAAUGCAAAAUAAAAAAAUCUGAAAGUUUGCUCUG